AUGGCGAAGUUUGUCAUCGCCGGUGAAUCAGAGUGUCCAUUUUAUGCAUUAGCAGAAUUACUUGGAGACCAAUUGGCUACAAAUUUGCCAGAUUUCAAAUUCUACAAAAUUGUCAAGACUUCAAGUGAAUGGAAAGACUGGCUGCAAGAAAUCUGUGAAAAGAACAAUUGGGAUCACACUACAUCUCCCAUCAUAUGGCGAGAGUUGGUUGAUCAUGGUGGCAAAGGAACCUUAAUAGGAGGAGCCAAUGAAUUUCAGGAAUACGCAUAUGGCUAUUAUGGGGUCACAGUAGAUAUGAGCAGCAUGGAUACUAUGAUUAUAUCCAAAGAGAAUAAAAAAACAAAAGAAAUUAUAGAUUUUGAUAUGAUUUUCAAAGAAAAAUGGCUCAAGUUUCAAUACCAUUCAUUGGUGCAAUCCAGAAAAAAGACUGUAGAGAAACAACUAAAACACCCUGAAUAUUAUUUGCAUGCCAGAUCAAUUGCAUUAACAUUAGAUAAUUGCUGGAAUGGAUCAACAAGCAGAAAUUUCUUUUCUAUGGCAGUUGCAUCACAAGGUUGGUAUGGUGUACCAGAAGGACUUGUAUUUUCUUUCCCAGUCCAAAUGUCCAUUACAGGAAAUUAUAAUGUGGUUGAAGAUUUUGAACUGACACCUGAAUUUGAACAACAACUGCAAUCAAUCAUCAAGGAACUACAAAUAGAAAAAAGAAUGUCUGCAGGAGAAAUUACUGAGGAUGUUAAAGAAUCUGAAAAUAUUGAUGAGGGAGAAACUGAAGCAUUGCCAGAAAGUGUGCCAGAAGCUAUAGAGGAAGCCACUGAAAAAGCUUUAGAAGAAAAUCCAGAAGAAGAAGAAGCAGAAAUUGAAGCAGAAGAAGAAGAAGAGGAGGAGGAGGAGGAAGAAGAAGAAGAAGAAAUAGAAGAAGAGACAGUGGGAAGCACAUUUGAAGCUACAAUAACAAGCACAGCUGAUUAUACUGAGAUGGGCACAACUGAAGAUACUUCAGCCUUAGAGACACCAGGAGGCAACUCUACAGGGAUAUUAACUGAAACGAAAAGUUAUGAACAAUCACCAGAUGAUGAUCGUACUUGA